ACUGCACAAACCGGAACGACGUCAUCACACUGACAGCAGGAAACCGGUGGCGGGAAAUACUAGUAGACUAUGAAGCACAUACUGUAAACGUUUCUGUAUAAACACAGCGUUCUGAAUGCUAUUGUUGGUUAUUGUUCUCGUAUAGUUACUGCUGUGUUGGGCACUUUUAAUGCCUCGGUAACGUGUCGGUCUGUUUCAUCCUGUUCGUGUUGCAGCACGGUGUCCGCUCUCUAACAGCACGAUGGUUCAGAUAGUCAUAAGAUCCAGUGUGGAUGGCAGCAGUCCUGCUGAAUGGCUGCUGGUGGAGCUGCAGGGAGAGAUGUUCUCCAGACACAAUUCUGCUCUGGCAGGGAAUGUGAUGGGAGACCUGCUCUACACCAGAGAGGUGAACACGGGGGUGCCAGUGCUCAUUGUAGGGCACCAUAUUCUUUAUGGGAAGCAGGUGAAACUGGAAAAACCCUUUGCUGUACUCACCAAGCAUUCGAGCCAUUUGCAGGACAGCCAGGGUUGCCGUGACAGCGACAAUGAAAACAAUGAUGUCCCACAGUUACCCAUGGAAACCAAGCAGCCAGGAGCCCCCUCCACCUCCUACUGCGUGACCGCGCUCAUCAAACGGAAGCUGAUCUUCAAGACGCGGCCCAAACCCAUCAUCACCAACGUCCCCAAGAAGCUCUAGUGGGACUGCAGCGCCUCCUCACGGGGUCAGAGGUCACCUGAUCCAUCUGACCGUCAGAGGUCAUUGCCCUCUGAUAUCAUGCAGUGUGAUUACAUAUGUGUUGUACAACUGAUCCAUCCUGUAAACCUUUAAACCAGAACUGGUUCCAACGAGAGACUUUAAUGACGCCUCUUUCCAGUAUGAAUAAAUAUUGUAUUAUAUAUGUUA